AUGGACACUGAGAAUGGUUUUCUUGCUGCUAAGCUAACUGAUGAUCUAGUGGUGGAGAUCCUCUCCCGGCUGCCGUUCAAGUCUUUUUGCCGCUUCAAAUGUGUCUGCAAGGCCUGGCUUGCCUUCUCCUCUAAUCCAGAUUACUGCAAGGAGCUUUUGAAAAUUCCGAUGGGUCUUCUAUAUCAACACCGUUAUGAUGAAUUUGAUAAUGAUUUCGAUGACUCUGCUAUCAAGCUUGCUAGCCUGCCCCACAAUGACAAGGAAUUUGAUGAAGCUCUUAGUUUCCUACCACAAUAUGAGCAGUUAGAGCUGCUGGACUCUUGCAAUGGCCUGGUCCUUUGUAAGUACAAGAGCAGCUGUACUCCUUUUGGUAUUUGCCGCUUUAUCGUGUGCAAUCCGGCAACACGAGAGUGGAAGAUGCUCCCGGAUACUCCUCCUAGCCAUUAUGACCCUUUUUACAAUAUGAGUAUUCUGGCCUUCAGCACAUCAUGGUCGGCAAAUUUCUACGUCUUCAACUUUCAGCGGCUCAGUACACGCUAUUUGGGAUUUGGCCCCGUCAAACUUCAGGUGUUUUCGUCUGACCUUUCCACUUGGUUUCUGGACGAUACAUCAUGGCUCUCUGGGACAUCAGUUUCUCAACCACACAUGUUUAUUGAUGGAGCAUUAUACGUGCACACAGAUUUGCAUGAGAUUAUGGUACUGAAGAGCUUGGAGGAAACUAGUUCUGGCAUUGCGCCCUCUCUUCGGACUAUUAAGUUGCCGCAUGAAAAUGUCGGUUUUGUGGCUAGGUUUGGCCAACGUUGCUUCGGCCAAUCUUCGGGGGCCUUGCAAUACGCAUUGCCAGAGGAGGAUGCUCGUACGAUUCUUGUUUGGAGUCUUGAUGUUGAUGAGCCUUAUGAGUGGAGCCUCAAGUACCGCCUCAGUAUGAGCCAUGCAUUCGGAAGGGACAACCUUUGUCAGUAUGGCGUGCAUUCCUGGCAAUGUGACUAUGAGGUCAUCGCUCUUGACCUGGAGAGAGAUGGUGUUCUCCUGUUCGACAAACGGGCGGACAAGCUUCGUUUGUACAACACAAGAACCGGUGAACUUGACGAGAUUCAACCAGAAGACCACCGCUGCCGCAAGUUGCAAGAUGCGUACUAUCAUUAUGUGGCAUCCUACUCAAAGCUCCCAGCUUUGUUUGGCUUUUGA